AUGGUGAAGCAGAUUGAAAGCAAGUCUGCUUUUCAGGAAGUCUUGGACAGUGCAGGAGAUAAGCUCGUUGUGGUGGACUUCUCAGCCACGUGGUGUGGGCCCUGCAAAAUGAUUAAACCUUUCUUUCAUGCCCUCUCUGAAAAAUUUAACAACGUGGUGUUCAUUGAAGUAGACGUGGAUGACUGCCAGGAUAUUGCUGCAGAGUGUGAAGUCAAAUGCAUGCCGACCUUCCAGUUUUUUAAAAAGGGGCAAAAGGAGGGAUGGGCUACAUUUGGAGACACAGAAGUGGAGGCAGAAAAGAAGGGUUCCUUCCUGACUCCCCAGUGA